GAUGAAACUUUCAUUAUUCUUAUUUAAAGUUUUCAAUUGAAGAUGGUUUGCGUAAUCAAAAUUCUUUAAUAGUCUAAAUAAACCAAAAAAAUGUAAUAAAUAUGAUUCGAGGUAAAAAAUUAAGAAACCUUUUUGAGUUUAGUGUACGUCAAAUGUGUUCGAAAAAAAAUAAUAACACAGAAGAUCUUUUAAACAAAAACAGUCAGAUUCAAGAAAAUCAAAAGUCACAAGAACUGCCUGAUGAACCCACCAACUGUUGUAUGAGCGGAUGUGAAAACUGUGUUUGGAUUCAAUAUGCUAAGGAGCUUACAGAUAUGUACAAAGAUAGUGGUGAAACAGCCAGAAAGACGAUUCUUCAAAAAAUAAAAGAACCUUCAAUGCAAAUUUUUAUCCAAAUGGAGCUUAGAGAUAUAGACAAGAAAAAAACAAUUUUUGAUUCAAUUCAAACAAAGUCCCCGAAAACUAAAAAAGAUUAGGAAAAAAAUGUUUUGUUUAUUAAAUGAUCAUAAGAAAGAAAAAUUAACAUUUUUUAUUGGAUGAUAAGCUUUUGGGCUCUAUAAUUAAUAAGUAAUAAUAAGUAGAAAAAAAAUAAAUUGGAUAUUAAAUUCUUAUUGAACUGGAACGAACUGAAUUAAUCUCUUGAUUCGUCUUAAAAGUGCAUCCAUAAAUCCUUUAUCGUUUGAAAACUGAUCCUGUGUAGUGGCUAAAAUUUGCUUUGAAAAUGUUUCAUUGAAGAUGUUUACGAGAUAAAGUUUAAGAUUUCCAAUAUCAUCACUUGUAACUUUGAUGUUGUUUACGGUGUUCAUCAAUUGACCGCUGCUAGAAGAAAAGCCAUUAAAUUGAACUGUCGGUGAGAUUGAACGAAGCAUAUAAUAAUCUAAAUGUGUCCAAAGCAGAUAUAAACAGUUUUCUGUUAUAAACGCACUGAGCUUAAGACUUUGCAAUUUCUCGUAUAAUUUAUCGGACAAAAACUUAUUUUGAUAAGUUGAAGUUGCAUUGAGAGUUAUGUUUGAAAGAAUGUUCUUCUGUCUAACUAAUUCAUCGUAUGUCAACUUUUCCGAUUGAUAAAAUUCCACCGAAUGUUUCAAUUGCAUCACAACGAGAUUUAAUUCGGGAGAUGUUUCAAUUGUUCCAGAAUCACCUCCGUGAAAAUGUUCAUUCCUUACAGAAAAUAAAACUUUUGUGGCUCGAUGAUCAACAGAAUAAUUGGCAAUGCAAUUGCGGGCAUAGAAUGUAAUGUUUGCAGCAAUUUGAAGUCGAGCUUUUUUCGUUUCAACCCACUGCUUUUCAAUUUCACUAAGAUGUUCAUGACCAUCGACAUCCAUUUGAGAAUUUAAUGAAGUGCUCUCAUUAGAUUUAUUACUAAGUUCCUUAACCAAAAAUCGCGGGAACAAAGUCAUCAUUAAUUUCUGCAGUCGAAAAAGUUGAGCUCCCAUAUCACUGCUUCCACGUGGAUCAAUCAUUUCACUUAUAUUUUGAUUUGCAACUCUAGCAAUUAAACCAGUUAGUGCAGAAAGUUCUUGAAGAAGUCCAAGACUCAUCUGUGGUGUUCCUGCUCGUAAAACUAUUUCAAUUGUGUCAGCAUGUGAUAGUAGAAAAUGUGUGAUUUGAGUAAUGACGGAUUGAUUUUCUGGUCCCAAUGUCAGAAGAAUGACAUCGCAAAGAUUCAAUGCUGGAAAGAGAAUUUGUUGAUAACGAGUUUCGAUUGAAGGGAUGAAAGAAUUAUUUUCCAUCAUGUUGCUGCCAGUUGUCAUUUUAAAAUCUGGAUGAAGAUCAAAAACCUUCAUUUGUGAUAAAAUGCUAAUGACACGAUGUUCAAGAAGCAAUUCGGCUCCAAUGUAAGAUCCUCCGAAACGACUAAGCAUUGUCAUUUUUGAUUCGUAGACAUACAAAGCUUUCAAGCUGACAGGCUGAUUGUCUAAUAUGUGACACAACUUUUGAUCAGCUUUAAGUAAACUGUCAAUGAUGUUAGACAAAUAUCCUCGUGAUGAAACAAAAUGAAUGCAAUGCGUCAUCGUAUCGAUAUCCAGAAGUAAAUCUAUGCAAGAAAGUGCCAACAUUUUGACUACGUCAUGACCUCCCGUGCAAUCAUGACAUAAAAUGUCAGUCAAUUUAUCGCCAAAAGAAUUAAGAAUUUCUGAAGCCAUUUCAAUUUGACUGUUAACGUCAUCAUCGUCAUCAUCAAGCUUUUCAUUUCGUUUCAUAAUUGUUCUGUCUAAUCGUGAAACAUAAAAAUCUUUCUUCUGAUCAUCAAAUUGAACUAGUUUUUGACUUUGACUGUCGCCUUUAAUGAUGUAAAUGAAAUUUAACAAAGCUGCAUAAAGAUUCAUCCGCAACUUUUGACUUCCUGCUCCACUCACAAUAAUCCACUCGAUUAUGUUACGAAAAAUGUACUUCAGAUGUAAAGUAUUCGAUUUUGGAGAAGAUCCAAUGUUGUCGAGAGUGAAAUUUAGAUUUGAUGGCGAUUUAUUUAAGAAUGAUGCAUUUUCGUUCGAGGAUAACUUCUUUCCAAAACAAGAUCUUAAAUUCAUCAGUAACAACAGAACAGUUGACGAUGCGAUGUUUGAUAAAUCAGGAAAAACGUGCGACACUUGAGCUGGCACUAAAUAUUUCAAAAGGCAUUGAAGAAUUUCAAUGAUUAAAUGUUGCUUUACAUCCGAAUUGAAAUAAAAAGAUGGAUUGACGCUGAAUAUAAUUUCAGUGACUUGACUCCAAGCUUCAAGAAACAUUGCAUUUGCUGCUGUUGAUAUUUUUUGUU